AAAUCUUGAAAGAUGAGAAUGCUAACAAGACUUGUCCUGGUACUUAUCAUCAUUGAUGCUAUGUUGGCUGCACCAACUACAGAGCUCUUUAACUAUGACUCAGAAGUGUAUGAUGCCAUGUUGGAGGACACGGGGACCUUUUAUAACUAUGAACACAUUCCUGACAACCAAGUACAGACUGAGAAAGUGACUGAGAGGCUUUUUGGGAACAGAAUGCUCCUCACCCCAGGCCCACAGCUAGGGGACAGCCAGGACGAGGAUAAAGAUGAAGAAUCUACUCCCAGGCUGAUUGAUGGUUCUUCCCCACAGGAGCCAGAAUUCCCAGGGCUUCUGGGUCCACACACCAACGAAGACUUUCCUACUUGUCUUCUGUGCACUUGUAUAAGUACCACGGUAUACUGCGAUGACCAUGAACUGGAUGCCAUUCCUCCACUGCCCAAGAAGACUACAUAUUUCUAUUCACGCUUUAACAGAAUUAAAAAGAUCAACAAAAAUGACUUUGCAAGCUUAAGUGAUUUGAAAAGGAUUGAUCUGACAUCAAAUUUAAUAUCAGAGAUUGAUGAAGAUGCAUUCCGAACACUGCCUCGCCUCCGAGAGCUGGUUCUGCGUGACAAUAAGAUAAAGCAGCUUCCAGAAUUGCCAAACACUUUGACAUUUAUUGAUAUCAGCAACAAUAGACUGGGAAGGAAAGGCAUUAAGCAAGAAGCAUUUAAAGAUAUGUAUGAUCUCCACCAUCUCUAUAUCACGGAUAACAGUUUGGACCAUAUCCCUCUGCCACUCCCAGAAAGUCUGCGGGCUCUUCACCUCCAGAAUAAUGACAUUCUGGAGAUGCAUGAGGAUACAUUCUGUAAUGUUAAAAAUUUAACUUAUGUCCGUAAGGCAUUAGAGGAUAUUCGCCUGGAUGGAAACCCCAUCAACCUCAGCAAAACUCCUCAAGCGUACAUGUGUCUGCCUCGUUUGCCCAUUGGAAGUUUUAUCUAA